GCGCGCUGUCAGUUUGCGCGUUCUCGUGAAGCUGCUGAGUCGAGUGAAGUGGACAGCCCAUCUGAUAACUUAUCAAGACCGCUUAAUAGUUCACAUAUCUGUGACUGAAGCUAUGGCAACCGACUCUUGGGCUCUAGCUGUGGACGAACAAGAGUCUACAACCAAGACUAUUGGGAACUUGCGGAUUAUGGAAGCUGGAGAUGCAAAUUUACAUCUGACUGAAGAUGAUGGCGACAAAUCCGACGAAGAGGAAAAAGAGGACAGAGCCACACAGUCUCUCCUCAACAAGCUGAUCAGAAGCAAUGUUGUCAACAACACAAACCAAGUGGAGGUUCUUCAGAGAGACCCAAACUCACCACUCUAUUCAGUCAAGACCUUCGAGGAGCUGAGACUGAAACCUCAGUUGCUGAAAGGCGUCUAUGAAAUGGGCUUCAACAGACCUUCUAAAAUCCAAGAGAACGCCCUUCCCAUGAUGCUCGCCGAACCACCUCAGAAUCUGAUCGCUCAGUCUCAGUCUGGCACUGGUAAAACAGCUGCCUUCGUGCUGGCCAUGCUCAGUCAUGUGGACCCAAGCUUAAAAUGGCCUCAGUGUUUGUGCAUUUCUCCCACAUAUGAACUCGCUCUGCAGACGGGUAAAGUCAUUGAGCAGAUGGGCAAGUUUUAUCCAGAAGUCAAACUGGCAUAUGCUGUUCGAGGACAUAAAAUGGAGCGUGGCGUUAAGAUCAAGGAGCAGAUCGUCAUUGGCACGCCUGGGACGGUUCUGGACUGGUGCGUUAAGCUGAAGCUCAUCGACCCGAAAAAGAUCAAAGUGUUUGUUCUGGACGAGGCCGAUGUGAUGAUCGCCACACAGGGACACCAGGACCAGAGCAUCCGCAUUCAGAGAAUGCUGCCCAAAGGCUGUCAGAUGUUACUUUUCUCUGCCACCUUUGAGGACUCAGUGUGGAAGUUUGCAGAGCGGGUCGUGCCGGACCCCAACAUCAUCAAGCUUAAACGAGAAGAAGAGACCCUGGACACUAUCAAGCAGUACUAUGUGCUCUGCAACAGCAAGGAGGACAAGUUCAACGCACUCUGUAACAUCUACGGAGCCAUCACUAUCGCGCAAGCUAUGAUCUUCUGUCACACUCGGAAAACAGCCAACUGGCUUGCCGGCCAGCUGUCUAAAGAAGGCCACCAGGUGGCGCUGCUCAGUGGGGAAAUGGUAGUCGAGCAGAGAGCUGCAGUUAUUGAACGUUUCAGAGACGGCAAGGAGAAAGUUCUCAUCACUACUAAUGUCUGCGCAAGAGGUAUUGAUGUUGAACAAGUGUCAGUGGUGAUCAACUUUGACCUUCCACUGGACAAAGACGGCAAUCCAGACAAUGAAACGUACCUCCACCGGAUCGGCAGAACUGGACGUUUCGGUAAAAGAGGACUUGCUAUCAACAUGGUGGACAGUCAGCGCAGCAUGGAGAUUCUCAAGACAUACGAGAGGCAUUUUAAUAAGAAAAUUGGGAGGCUGGACACAGAUGAUCUUGACGAAAUUGAAAAAAUCGCCAACUGAAGUGAUGAAGAAAUUAUUUUCCAAAAAAUCAGUUCUGCUGUUACCUCCUCAGAUUUGAUGCUUGAAUAAUCCGCAUUACAAAGACAGACGUUUACAUAAAUUAUCGACUCAUUUAGGAGAAUAUGCUUUAACUCAAGCUUAACGCCAAAUAGUUUUGAUUCCAAGCUUGUAGCUCUUACUGAAUCAGUUUGCGUUUGACAGAGUGUGUUUUGAUUUUGAAGUGAAUUGCAGUACUAAUUCCUACAUUUAAUCUUGUUUACAGGAGACUGUUCUCUACUUGACUAAUGAAGCAUAUCUUGCAUAGUGUUGCACUGUGAAAUAAGUUGACUACUUUUUGGUCUUAUGUGUGAAUAGAAUCAUAACAGACUUCAGUAUUUAUUUCAUUACAGUAUUUGAGAAAAUUAAAGUCAGUAAUAGAAUAAGGUGCACAGAUGACCAAUUCGAGAUACUAACAUUCCUCAAGAGCACUUUAAAAUCAUUUUAUAAUGAGAAUUAUUGUGAAAAUCACAAUACAGUAUUAUUUUGAUAUAGCAGUGCCGCUGUACUUGAACUGCAAAAAGCAUUUAAGCUUUUUGAAGAAGAGUUUGUUUUGUUCUGUUCAGAAAGACCAAAUAUUAGUUUGAGUUUUAGCUGAACUGUGAAUUACUGAACAUUUGCUGAAUGUUCUUUUCCGUUGCAGGAAAUGCAGCACGUUUACAAAAUAUAAAGAGCUACUGAAGAGUGAUAUUGUUGCAUUGUAGUUUCAUUGUUAGGAAUGGCUUCUCAAUUGUUUUUUGAGAAAUGCAAAAUUAUUUUAGUUUGUUUACAUUGUUGCUGCUUAAAUGAAUGCACUUUGUUUGACUGAAACCCAUUUGCGAUUGCAUUUAGCUGCAGCAUUUCAGUUUCUUUUUUUGUACAUUUGCUGCAUUUAGGGUUUUAUAGUUGUUUCCUAUAUGUUCUUGCAGUAAUAAAACUACCA